AUGACUUUCAUCAUAUAUUUAGUUUUAUUUUCUUUCGUUCUUGGGUUGGUAGCGGUCGCUUCUAAUCCAUCCCCGUAUUUUGCUGCUCUAGGGUUAGUCGUGGUGGCGGGGAUGGGGUGUGGUGUAUUGGUGGGGCAUGGGGGUCCUUUCUUGUCGUUAGUAUUGUUUUUAAUUUACUUAGGUGGGAUGUUGGUUGUGUUUGCAUAUUCGGCAGCACUUGCUGCCGAGCCAUACCCUGAAACUUGAGGGAGCCGGCCUGUUGUCACUUAUAUGGUCGUAUACUUGGCUGGGGUAGUAUUAGUGUCUGCGUUGUUUUGAGGGGGGUGAUAUGAGUCUUCUUGGGGGUCGGCAGAUGAGUUAGGGGAGUUUUCGAUGUUUCGAGGGGACAUGGCAGGGGUUGCUCUAAUAUACUCUGCAGGGGGAUGAAUGCUGGUUAUUAGUGCGUGGGUUCUUCUUUUGACGUUGUUCGUAGUGUUGGAGUUAACUCGUGGGCUCAGUCGUGGUGCACUUCGGGCUGUUUAG